UGGUUAUAGUAAAUAUAGCAAAGUAAUAAAUUCUCAUUUUGCAAAAUACCCAGGACUUAAUACAGUUUACAAGAAAUUUGUAAGAAAUUUUAAAUCCUUUUCUACUGUUUAUUUACACGAUGAUAUCAAGGAUGAACGCUGUAAUUAUUUGAAUUAUUGGGUUUGUGAUCAAAUAAUUAACAUUAUUAAGGGAAAAAGUGACGAUAUUCAUUAUGAUGUUUUUCCUAAAAUUCUUACUGUUAGGAACAAUAUGAAAAACAUGAUUUUUUUACAAAUAAAUGUAAUAGUGAUGAUAUUCUUCCUCAUGCUGCGGUA